AUGACGGAAAAGGCACGUCAGGCAUUUGAGGACACAGUCGGCAAAUAUAAACAUAGACUGUUAAAUUUAUACAGAAAUUUAGAUUGUCUCAUAACUGAUAUUGAGUAUGAAAAUAUGAACUUGGAUGAAUUAAAAUCUUUGGCAUCAGACAUUACCCAAUCAUAUGAAUCCUAUGAACAAGUUUCAACCAAAUUCAGUAAAUAUUUGGAAGAAAGUAGAACGGAACAAGGCCAGGAAGAAUUAUUAUUUCAUAUGACAGCUGUGGAAACAUUAAAAUCCCAGUGUGACACGGUUUUGGACCAAAUUCAAUCAUUUAUUGACAAAAUAAACCCAGUUCAAACUGUAUCUGUGGUCGAUAACAUUUCACAGGGGUUUGUAGUCGAGGAAAAACCUCGGCAUAGUGUAAGUGGAUAUAAAAACGGCGUUUCGGAUAUUAUGUCAAUAAAGUCGAAAACAAGUAAAACCUCAGUGCGUUCUAGCAUAACUAACAUCUCCAGGGUCAGUUCAGUAUAUAUGAAACAACGAGCGAAAUUGAAAGCGGCCAAAGUGAGGCUAAAAUUUGCUGAGAAAGAGGCCGAAUUGCAAAAAUCCCUUCAGCUGUUAAAAUCACAAAGAGAACUGGACGAGGCAGCAGCCGAGCUUAAGGCUAUGGAUGACGUUAUCGACACUGGUAGCCCUAUCAGACAUUGUUCACAAGCACCGUCGGAUGAUGAGGAGUUACACAGGAAGUCUAGGACAGUUGAAUUUGUGCAAAGUCAAGCCGAAAAUUUGAACACCGGUUAUGAAACAUCCGACCCCUAUUCACAUAAAGUGCCGGUAAACGUUGAGGCUCGAGAAUUCACCCCAGGUCAGUGUGUAACUGGACUGACUGAUUUGACCAAAUUUAUGCUAAAGAAAGACUUGCUUAUGGGUAGACUCACUCAGUUUACUGAUAAACCCGAGGAGUAUCGUGUCUGGAAAAUGUCAUUCCUAAAUGUUGUAAAGGAACUUGAUGUAAGCCCUCAAGAACAAUUAGACUUAUUAUCGAAAUGGUUGGGGCCAGAAUCUCGAAAACAGGCUGUAAGUGUAAGUCUACGUGCUGCAAACAUACACGACCCACCCCAAGCCUUGUGCAAAAUCUGGACUAGGCUCAGUGAGAAGUACGGCGCGCCCGACCAAAUUGAGUUAUCUUUGAGGGAAAGGCUAAACAAAUUCCCGAAAUUAACGAACCGAGAUGGUCAGAAAUUAUUUGAUCUUUCGAACAUAUUGGCGGAAAUUCAGGCAGUUAAGGAAAACACGGCGUUCAGCUCGAUAAUGGCGCACUACGAUUCGUCCAGCGGAAUAAACCCAAUUGUUUGCAAGUUACCCGUGUUCAUACAGAACAACUGGACUGACUAUGCGUGCAGAUAUCAAACCGAGCACAAUGUUACAUAUCCGAAAUUCAGUGUUUUCGAGAGGUUCAUACAGGAAAUGAGCUCGCGAAUGAACAACCCGAGUUUCAAUUACACCGAUGGUACUGCGGUACCUAGCGUCAACAAAGAACAACGUCGUACUCCGUCUACUGGAAGUAGGAAUGCAUACGUCUUUUCAAAGAAAACGGAAGUUAAUAAUGUGCCUACAGCAUUUUUGUGCCCACUUCAUGACAGUGCGAGAGAAGUGAAGCAUUUGUUAUCAGGUUGCCACCUGUUUCUAUCGAAAUCCAAGGACGAAAAGAGGGAAAUUCUCUUAAAACACGGCGUGUGCUUUAAGUGUUGUAAGGACAAACAUUUGGCCAAAGACUGUACAGAAAAAGUAAUCUGUACUGUGUGUAAAGGUUCAUCGCAUUGCACCAUGUUUCAUGAUGACAAAUAUCAGCCCCGUCAGUCUCACGGCGAGGAAAGGACAAGUAUCAGGGGAGACAAUCUUAAGAUAAAUUCCAAGUGUACACAGUUGUGCGGUGAAACCGGUCCCUUCGUGGGGAAAUCGUGUUCAAAAACGGUGUUAGUAAAUAUCUACAAGGACGGACAACUUAAUAAUGUGUUGCGUGCUUAUGCCAUUAUAGAUGAGCAGAGCAAUCGGACAUUGGCCAAAAGUGAGUUCUUCGAUUAUUUUGGAGAUCAUUCUACGGAAACCGGAUACGUACUUUCAUCAUGUGCCGGUGAAAUUCAGGUAACCGGGAGGCAAGGCAGCGGAUACGUAAUGGAAUCAUUGGACAAGGAAUACUCAUUAAAAUUACCGUUGAUUACAGAAUGCAAUUAUAUUCCGAAUGUGAAACAGGAAAUACCUACACCGGAAGUUGCACGACACUAUAGUCACAUGCAGGACAUUGCUCAUCUUAUCCCAGAGUAUGAAAACGAUACGCCCAUAUUGCUUCUCGUUGGCAGAGAUCUCAUUUCGGCGAAUCAUGUGUUGGAACAGCGAACUGGACAUGAACGUGAACCAUAUGCACAGAAAUUAAAAUUCUGUUGGGUAGUUGUAGGAGAAUCGUGCCUAGGUCUCGUUCACAAACCUACGGUCAUAACUGUGAGCAAAACGGUCGUUUUACCGGAUGGCAGACCUACUCUCAUGGAUCCGUGUCCGAAUUACUUCAAGGCUCAGUUUGAAAAAUCCGAUAAGUUGCCAAUUGGAAUGGACAUAUUUCAAAGAACAAAAUUCGAUGAUAUUCCUGGUUACUCGCAACAGGAUAAGGAAUUCAUGCGUGUCAUGGAAGGGGAGUUUAUUAAGGACGAGUACGGUAAUUGGAGUGCACCGUUACCGCUAAAAAAGGAACGACCUACUUUGUCAAACAAUAUGGAUCAGGCAAGGCAUCGCGCAGAAAAUCUACGAAAGUCGUUACUGAAAAAUCCUACUGAGCGCGAACAGUUUUGUGCGUUUAUGCAAAACAUUUUUGACAAGGAGCAUGCAGAGGUAGCUCCCGAGUUACAAGAUGGCGAGGAAGCAUGGUAUCUACCGAUAUUCGGGGUUUAUCAUCCCCAAAAACCCAACAAAAUCCGAGUCGUGUUCGAUUCGGCGGCAAAGUUUAAUGGACAUUCGCUUAACGACAUUCUCAUGACAGGUCCGGAUCUCAUAAACAAUUUGGUUGGUGUGUUAAUGAAAUUCAGGAAGGAACGAAUUGCGAUUAUGGCCGAUGUUGAACAAAUGUUCUUCAACUUCUAUGUGCACAAGCGUGACAGAAACUUUCUACGUUUCUUAUGGUUUCAAGAUAAUGAUCCCACACAACCGCUAAGGGAAUUUCGUAUGUGCGUGCAUGUGAUUGGCAACUCGUCUUCUCCGUGUAUUGCCACACUUGGAUUAAGGAAAUCUGCUUGCGACCAUAUCGAUUCUUCCGCGUGCGACGAGGUGUGUUGUUUCGUCAAAGAGAGCUUCUACGUUGACGAUGGGUUGACCUCUGUAUCUGACGAAGGUCACGCAGUGCAGUUGUUGAGAGACACUCAAGCUCGAUUACGGCAAAACGGAAACAUUCACUUGCACAAGUUCUCGUCGAACAGUGUUGAUGUUUUAAAGCAGUUUCCAAAAGAGGAUACCAGCGAAAUUUGCGAUAUGGACUUCGAUGAUAUCGUUCAUAGGAGUCUCGGACUAUGUUGGAAAGUCGGUUGUGAUAAGUUCACGUUUAGUGUUUUUGAUGAGGUGAAACCGUUCACCAAACGAGGUGUACUUUCUACAAUACAUAGUGUAUUCGACCCCCUCGGCUUUGUGGCACCAGUUAUUCUCGGAGGCAGACUAUUAAUGCGAAAUGUGUUAUCGUCAAAAGAUCUUGACUGGGAUGACCCUUUACCUCCGGACUUGAACUCUGAUUGGAAAAAAUGGAGGUCUUCGCUUAAAGAUCUGGAACAGUUAGAAAUUUCGAGAUGUUACUCCAAUUCGUCAUUGGAAAAGGCAAUUCGUCGUGAACUACACGUAUUCUCAGACGCGUCAAAGGAUGCCAUAGGCGCAGUAACAUACAUGAAAAUUUAUGACGUACAGGAAAAUGCUUCUGUUGCAUACGUUCUUGGCAAAUCGAAAGUAGCGCCUUCCCACGGACAUACCAUUCCAAGACUAGAACUAUGCGCGGCUGUUCUGGCUACUGAACUCGGUUUAUUUAUAUCCGAACACAUCGAUGUUGUGUUUGACGCCACCUACUACUAUACCGACAGUCAGGUAGUACUAGGGUAUAUAUUUAACGACACGCGCCGUUUCUUCGUUUAUGUUGCUAAUCGGAUUGACAAGAUUCUGAAGUUAUCUUCCAAACAGCAGUGGAGUUUCGUUUCUAGUGAAUGUAACCCUGCCGAUAGUGCGACUAGGCCAAUGCGUGCGAAAGACGUUGGAAAGUCAGUGUGGUUGAACGGACCCGUUGACGUCAUGAGUGAUUUGCAAAGUUCGUAUAGAGACCAAGUAUUUCCGUUGAUCGGUAACGACGACGGUGAAAUAACGUUCAUCAACGAAACAAAUGUCAUGAAAACUCACGUUCGGAAGGACUUCGCUCUCGAUCCUGACCGUUUCGCGAGAUUUUCGUCAUGGACUAGGUUGGUUAGUGCAAUAACCUUACUGAAACAAGUCGCGCAUCGUCAUCACAACGGAACAGACAAUCCAGACGUGUUGCGUUUUGCUAGCGAUUCAAAGAACCUCAUACUGAAGGUUGUUCAACAAGAGUUUUAUUCGAUGGAAAUCGACUGUUUACAGAAAGGACUGCCGUUAAACAGGAACAAUUCUUUGUUGAAAUUGUCGCCGUUUCUAGACGACGAGGGGCUCCUGAGGAUUGGUGGUAGGAUUCAGAAUAGUGACAUUGACUUACCUGGAAAGGAUCCGAUCAUUGUCCCAGCAAAACAUCACGUGGCUACUCUAAUCGUGAGACAUUAUCACGAGAAAAACUAG